GGCCGGCCAGCUCCGGGGAGGGAUGGCCGCUUAGCAUGGAGCACAAAGAAGGCCCCGCCCUGUCAAGAGUUGCGGCUUCUUUUUUUUUUUUUUUAACUCAACGACGAGUUGGUCGUUAGUGCGAGGGCGCUCUGCCUCUCGACAGGGUUAUCCUUUGUCCCUGCAUCAGCCUCUUUGAAGUCCCAAACUUGGAGCACUUUCCCGGCAGCCCUCGCCUCGGCCUCCAUUGUGUUGCCGCCCUGAAAGCAGCCACGAGAACUGCAUCCGGGUAUCUUGUGAAGUCCCAGCUGGGGAGGGCUCCCGGAAGUGACGUAAAGGCCGAAACGGCGCGGCUGAGGAAGACUCCCGGAAGUAAUGUAAGGGCGGAGGGAUUUGUGUUUGACUGAGAUAAAAAAAAAAAAAAAAAAAAAAAAAAAAAAAAAAAGAAGAAAAGAAAAAAGGGACUCCCGGGAGCGGGUCCUGCAAGGCAGCUGCCUGCGGAGUGAAACUGAUGGAUAAUAUGAUAGCCUUAUGUUUAGCCGUUUGAAAACCUGCUGGAUAUUUUUCCAAAGUGGAUCGACCAGUUCACGUUCCUACCAGUAUGGAAAUACUGGCAUAUGGAGAUACCAACUAUUUUGGUCGAUGUUCCUGAUUGUGACUUUGCCUAAGCAUUAAAUUGUGUGCCUUUUGUUCCUUGAAGAAAGAGCUGGUGCUAGCAACUUCCAACUCUGUCUGGACUCUGGAUUCAACUAAAAACUCUGAAUUUAGUCUCUCUAUCCUCAUAUCUCAACCCAAGUCUGCUGUCAUCCCAGUGGGCUCCACAUGGUCUCUAAAAUCCUCCUUUUCUUCCAAGGUGAGUUAAUGUUUGAAAAACCUUAGUUUUUUGAAGAUGUCCAGUAUUGCUUCCUGUCUAAAUUACAAGUAAUUCAGGAGUUUUUCAGUAGAAAAGCAAAUUGGAUAUUUUUGUUAAAUCAUGCCAUCUGAAGAGAAACAGUUACUUGUUGCUGAAAAACAAACUACUUUGAAAAAAGAUCAUGAUGUGAAAAAUGAGAUAGUUGAUACUAUCAAAGCAGUACUUAAACCAGACACUUGGGAAAAUAGUUUUCAUUAUAAACUAAAACGUUUGAAGAUUGAUCUACCGAAGAUAAAUAUUCCAAACAAAGUCUUGUUAAAACGUGAUGUUGACAAAUACAGAAAAUUAUUUCGUCAUAAGACACAGACUGCAAGAAAAUCUAUUGGUCUAAGGACUGCAAACUGUGUAGAGCAGUGUGCAUUGCUCCAUAAAUCUGAGGGAGCUGAAGAAGAGAGUUUAAAAAUGUCUGCAAAGAUCCUCAAUUUCAGCUGUUUAAAAUGUCAAGAUGGCACUCGAUAUAGCCCAAAUGACUUGCAGAAACACUAUCAAACGUGGCAUCGUGGGGAAUUACCUUCAUAUCCUUGUGAAAUGUGCAGUUUUUCAGCAAGUGACUUCCAGGUAUUUAAACAGCACAGACGAACCCAUAGGAGCACUUUAGUCAAAUGUGACAUUUGUAACAGUGAGAGUAUAUUUUCAUUAUUAGAGUUGACAAAGCAUUUUACAUCCACACAUUGUGUAAAUGGUCAUUUUCAAUGUGAAAAGUGCAAAUUCUCUACCCAGGAUGUUGGAACAUUUGUUCAGCACAUUCACAGACAUAAUGAAGUUCAUUAUACAUGUAGUAAAUGCCAUCAUGUGUGUUUUACCAAAGGAGAGCUUCAGAAGCACCUUUAUGUUCAUUCUGGCACAUUACCCUUCCCUUGUCAAUAUUGUAACUAUAGUGCCACCCGAAGAGAGUACCUUAUAAGACAUAUUAUAACUUUGCACAAAGAACAUUUAUAUGCAAAAGAAAAGCUGGAAAAAGAUAAAUAUGAAAAAAGGAUGGCAAAGACUACCGCAGGACUUAAGAUCAUAUUAAAAAGGUACAAAAUUGGUGCAUCAAGGAAGACAUUCUGGGAACGAAAGAAAGUCAACAAUGGAAGUGACAGAACCAUAGAAAAAACACUAACAUUGGAUAAAGCAGAAGAUCAGAGGCACCUUGUCCAAGAACAUAUAAAUGAAGAGAAGGAUGAAAGACCACAUUGUGAGGAUAAUGAUAAACCUCCUGAGCCUGAGUCAGAAAAGCCAACACUUCUGCCUACGGAGCAAUGCACUAGAGCAGAAGAGGGGCCAAACUUUACUUCAGGUUUUCUAAAGACUUCUUUUCAAGGACCUACAGUAUUAAUGGUGAAAAACAAUAGAAUAACAGUUCCUGCUAACUACAGUGCUAAGUUUAUGGGUUUCAAAAUGGUGGAUGGAAAGCAACAUAUUGUAAUAAAAUUGUUGCCUACCAAUAAGCAGAAUUUAUAUUCACCAGACUUACAGUCAGAUACUACAAAGGACAGUACUGCUAGUUUGCAGCCUCAGACUUUGGACACCACUGGGUUUUUACCAGGAGUAGCAACUGAGUUAAAUGACACAGUUUAUAUGAAAGCAACUACUCCAUUUUCAUGUUCCUCUCCUGUCCCUUCAGGAAAAGUAACUUCAGAAAAAGUCAUGACUCUGCCAUCUCAGAAGAAUAAUGUGCUUCCGACAGUGGAUGAUGAAAAAAAGGUUUCGUCUUUGUCAAGGACAUUGGAGUUGGUUGCAGCAUCAGAGAAUUUGACCACAAAAGUUGAAGCAAGAGAUAAUGUUGACUUAUGGGAAAAUCCUGUUCCAGAGAGUCACCCGGAGGUAUCAGGUACUGCCAUGAAAAGUCCAGAUAAAGUCAAACCAAAUGUGUCCAGCAGUGGAGAUAUGCACAACUAUUGCAUUAAUUAUAUUGGCUCUGAGUCACCUGUUGAAUGCAGCCAGGGGUCACUACCUUUUCAUAAUUACUCAAAAGUGAAUACUUCCAAUAAACGCCGUAGGUUUCCAGGAACGGCAAUAUGUGAAAAUCCUCAAAGAGAAGCUUCUUCAAGCAAGACAGUUGUCCAGCAACCAAUAAGUGAAUCUGUCUUAUCACUAGUGAGGAAGGAAAGCUCAAACCCAGAUAGCCUGUUAGCAUCUAUUAACCUUUUAAAUACUAAAGAUGGAACUUUGAAAAUGCAAGCUGAAGCUGAUGAACAGUGUGUUUUAGAAAAAGAACAGAAUAUUGGUGUACAGAACCUAUUUACUAAUGAAAAUCAAAGUUUUGAAACUGUGACUGGCAAAUCUGAAUGGGAUGCUAUUUCUAACGUUGAGUCGCCUAUGAUGCCUAGAAUCACCUCUGUUUUCUCUCUCCAGAGCCAGCAGGCAUCAGAAUUUUUGCCACCUGAAGUAAACCAGUUACUUCAAGAUAUAUUGAAAACAAAACCAGACUUACACCAGGACUCUAACAACAAUCCUGAUAAUAAAAAUCUACCACUGGAUUAUGACCAGUCAUUUCAGAAACUUGAAGAAGGCAAACUAGCUGAAUCUUCAAAAGAUGUGAAAGUGCAGGGCAUCUUCUCACUCCCAUCAGGUAGUGUGGGGGUUACUGUGCCGACAAAUGAGCUGAAUUUAAAGUGUAGUGGAAAAGAAAAACAAACGAUUUCUCUGUCACAAGAUGUUAGAGAGCCAGAGAAAUUACCUAGACUUUCGACUAUUGGCACGUUACUGAAGACUCAGUCAGAUGCAAUCAUAACACAGCAGCUUGUGAAAGAUAAACUACGAGCCACUACCCAAAAUGUUGGCAGUCCCUUGUAUAUGCAGAAUCCACUUGUAAAUUCGGAACCAAAAAAUGCUCUACUUGUCCAUACCCCGAGAGGCAUCUUGGUACCACUGCACAUUCCUAACAAGUCUGGAUUACAUGUUGUUUCAGGAAAACCAUUGGUCAAUACACAUAGUGUACCUGCUCUGCUUUUAAACCAGAAGCCUGGAAUGAUUGUUACAUUGAAUAAUAGAAAACCUGAAGGUAUUCCCACUGUCAAAACUGAGAGUGCUCAAGCUUGUGGAACUAUAACCAAUGAACCUUACAGAACACCUUUCUUUAAGGUAGAACAAAGUAGUAAUUGUCUGACACCUGCACUUUGUUCCAGCGUUGGCAGUUGUUUGAACAUGAAUAGUAGUUCAGAAAAUACUUUGCCAUUAAAAGGCCCUGACGUUAUUAAAACAGCAACAAAUUCUGUAGUGGAAACUAUUCCUAUUUCUAAUACGAUACCUGAGCAACAGGGCACUAAGUUGACCUUCCUAGAUUCAAUAAAACAGCAAAAUGAGAUUUUUCCCAAACCACCUCUUUAUACUCUCGUGCCUGAUGGCCGACAGACUGUUUAUUUCAAGUGUGUAAUGCCAAGUAAAUCUGAGCUGCUUAAGCCUAAAUUAGUAAAAAGCAGUACGAAUCAUCAAAGUAUACAGCCAAAGAAACCCGAAGGAACACCACCAAAAAUAUUACUGAAGAUUUUUAACCCUGUUUUAAAUGUGACUGCUGCUAGUAGUCUCUCAGAAAACAACUUGACACCCCCUCUGCAGAAAGACAGUGCACCAUCUAGCCAGACUAGAGGAGAGCAGAAAGAGCCAGAGUCUUCUAGAGAUGCCUUACCCUUCUUACUAGAUGAUAUGAUGCCAGCAAAUGAAAUUGUGAUAACUUCCACUGCAACAUGUGCAGACUCUCCUAAAGAGCCAAUGUGUCUCACUGAUUAUUCAGGGACCAGGGUAUUAAGGUGUAAGACCAAUUGUACAAUUGAGAGAAGCUUCAAUGGGAAACAGACUUCUAAAAGAAAAUUCUCAAGAUUAAAAUCUCAUGUCAGAGCUAAAGAUUCUGAAACUGCAUUUGUACCUAGAAACAGAAACUAUAAACGGAAGUGUAGGGAGAGUUACCAAGAACCUCCACGAAAGAUAACGUUACAUAGAAAGUGUAAAGAAAAGACUAAACCUGAAGAUGCCCACGACUCAUUUGAAUUUAGCAGACCUAGACUGUCAAAAGAUUCAGUUAGAACUUUGCGGCUUUUUCCUUUUAGUUCCAAGCAGCUUGUGAAAUGUCCUAGGAGAAACCAACCAGUUGUAGUUUUGAAUCAUCCUGAUGCAGACGCACCAGAAGUAGUAAGCGUAAUGAAAACGAUUGCUAAGUUUAACGGGCGUGUACUUAAGGUCUCCUUGUCAAAAAGAACUAUUCAUGCUUUACUGAAACCAGAGUGCUAUAGCCCUGCUAAACCACUUGACGAUUUUUCUAGGAGGCAUAAAACAUUUAAACCUAUCAGUUCUGUCAAAGAACGAUUUGUGCUGAAAUUAACGCUCAAAAAGACAAGCAAAAACAACUACCAGAUUGUGAAAACUACCUCUGAAAAUGUUCCGAAAGCUAAAUUUAACUGUUGGUUUUGUGGUAGAGUGUUUGACAAUCAGGAUGCCUGGGCUGGUCAUGGGCAAAGGCAUUUAAUGGAAGCUACUCGGGAUUGGAAUGUAUUCGGAUAAAUUUACUGUAACGGCAAGGAAAAGAAAAGUUGGAUUACCUUAAAAGAAAACAACGGGUUGGAUUACUUUACUGCAGUUUACUUCCAUUUAGUACCUGGAAUUCCUUCUAAAAUCUGUUUAUAUUUCCAUGAGAGGGCAAAAGUUUGUGUGUGGCAUUUGACGAUACUGUCACUGCACACGGAACUUUUGAAACAGAUAUCACAGCACAGGUGUACUUUGAUUUAAUUUCCUAUUGUAUUCUUGGGAAGUUAGGGCCAAAGGAAAAACUCUAACAGUUUUCUCAGUUUAUAUCUUUAGGGGCUGUCAGUGAGAGUGAUGGCUGAUAGCCCCAUUCUCUCUCCCAUCAGCCUUCUGAAUCUUAUAUUUGACUUCUCAGAAGAUAAGAGAGCUCUUUCAUCAUGAAACUGAGGAGUGUCUUAUAAUUUAGAGACGUACCAGGAGAUCUUGGGUAAAGAACUUUAUAUCUGCUCAAUAUAGUUAUUAUGAAUAGCAGUAAGCUUUUGAAAGUCCAUUUAACUCACUACAGUUACUAUUUGUGAUACUUGAAAAGAGCUUUUCAUAAAAAAUUCUUCCCCCUCAAUAAAGUGAUACUGCAAUUGAAAAAAAAAAAAAAGCUUCCUCACACAAUAUAUUCCAUAUCAGUAAUUAAAAUCCUCCCUGAGCAUUUUGUUUUCCUAAAUGAUGAUGCCAAACAUUGCAGGAUCUAGGCAGCACUGAGAAGUCCAGUGAGAGAAUCUCAACUCUGGUAAUUUCCUUGUACAGAACUAUGCUUAUUUGAUUUGAAUUGUCCCCCACAAAUCAAAUGCCUAUUAUUAUUAUUAAUUUCUUGGUUGCCAUUCCUUUAAGUAGAAUGGAAUGUUAGAAGCACUUCCAAGGGAAAUAGCAUUUCUCUAAAACUAAAAUUUUCUAUAGAAGCAGUAUUUUAAAUCAAGAUUAGCAAAACAAAUCUUACGUUUGUCUAUUUAAUUACCAUUCAUGUCUGGACAUGUCUGUAUUGAGAUAAACCACUUGUGUUAUAAACUUUUCAGUAGGAUUGACAACCCAAAGCAGAUGAUUUACAGAUCGUUGGCAGUCGAAAGUGUAAAAGCAUUAAUAGUGGACUCAGUGGCCGUGCAUAAAAUUCAGGACAGAUCCCUACAGGAUAUGUCUAACAUAGUUUUGUAUUUUCAUGACAACAACAGAAUCAUCAAUUUAAACUUUUUAUCUAGUGAGUUUGGAUCAAAUUUUGUUGGGAGAUUAGAUAAUGGAGUUCUUGUAUUACAAAACUGGUAUUUUUUUUUGGUUAUAGUUUCUACAGGUGUUAUGACAUUUUCAUUGAAUGAAAACUUCAGGGCUUCUUUUCUGUAUAUAACAAGAAAUUUAAACCUGUACAUAUUUUUGUACCAUUCCGUUUGUUAUGUAAAUUUUGCACAGAAAGGUUUAGACAUAAAAAUUAUUUUCUAUUUCAUUCUGUGCAUGUACUAAUAAAACUAGUUCUUAAUUUAAAAGGAACAAGAAGACUUUACCCAUGUUACUUUGUUGUUUUUUUUCUUCUGAUGUAGAUUUUUUUUUUUUGGUAAAUUAAUUUUUCAGGGAUUGAACACUAUUGUUAGCAAGUGCCUAAAAGAUGUGAAACAGUUUACAAAUGUCAUCUGUAACAGUGGGUCCCAAGUGGGCCUGUUCCCCCUUUUAUUUUGAAGAAAGCCAUACACAGAUGCUACAAGCUGACUUGCUAUGCACAUACAUGUACUGUGCAGUUUGUCUACUUUCUUAGUGAAGUAUUUUUUGUAUAAAAUCUGUCAAUUGUAUUUCUUAAAUUGAGCCUAAGAAUGGAGUUGAUCAGAAAUAUACAGUAUAUAUUAAUAAUGUAUAUGGUGUUUAAAGAAUGGUAUGCAUUGUUACUUUCUGUAAUGUUUUCUUCAAUUAAACUUGAGUUUGUGUUA